AUGAAUUCAUACAGAGCACUCAUGAGGAUGGAUACGGAGCUGCACUCGCCGGCGCUGUCUCUGGCUGAGGAGGAGGAGGCCGACAUGAACGACUGGAAGCUGCCUCUGGCGUUUAUGAAGAAGCGACACUCUGAGAAGAUCGAAGGCUCCAAGGCUUUGGCCCAGAGCUGGAGGAUGAAAGACCGGAUGAAGACGGUCAGUGUGGCGUUGGUGCUUUGUCUAAAUGUCGGCGUGGACCCUCCAGACGUGGUCAAGACGUCCCCCUGCGCGCGCCUCGAGUGCUGGAUUGAUCCUCUAUCGAUGAGCCCACAGAAAGCCCUGGAGACGAUCGGGGCGAACCUGCAGAAGCAAUAUGAAAACUGGCAGCCGCGGGCGCGCUACAAGCAGAGUCUCGACCCCACGGUGGACGAGGUGAAGAAGCUGUGCACGUCUUUGAGGAGAAACGCCAAAGAAGAGAGGGUCCUGUUCCACUAUAAUGGACACGGAGUCCCGCGCCCCACGGUCAACGGAGAGAUCUGGGUUUUUAACAAGAAUUACACGCAAUACAUCCCUCUGUCCAUCUACGACCUGCAGACGUGGAUGGGCAGCCCCUCCAUUUUCGUUUACGACUGCUCCAACGCCGGGAUCAUCGUCAAGUCCUUCAAGCAGUUUGCUCUUCAGAGAGAACAGGAGCUGGAGGUCGCAGCCAUUAACCCCAGCCAUCCUCUGGCCCAGAUGCCUCUCCCUCCCUCCAUGAAGAACUGUAUCCAGCUGGCAGCGUGUGAUGCCACGGAGCUGCUCCCCAUGAACCCCGACCUGCCCGCGGACCUCUUCACCUCCUGCCUCACCACACCCAUCAAGAUCGCCCUCCGCUGGUUUUGUAUGCAGAAGAGUGCGAAGCUGGUGCCAGGGGUGACGUUAGACCUCAUUGAGAGGAUCCCAGGGAGACUCAACGACAGGCGGACCCCCCUCGGAGAACUCAACUGGAUCUUCACGGCCAUCACUGACACCAUCGCCUGGAACGUCCUGCCCAGAGAUUUGUUUCAGAAACUCUUCAGACAGGACCUGCUCGUGGCCAGUUUGUUUCGAAACUUCCUCUUAGCCGAGAGGAUAAUGCGCUCGUACAACUGCACUCCAGUGAGCAGUCCCCGGCUGCCUCCCACAUAUAUGCACGCCAUGUGGCAAGCCUGGGACCUGGCCGUGGACAUUUGUCUCUCUCAGCUGCCCACCAUCAUCGAGGAGGGGACCGCCUUCAGACCCAGCCCGUUUUUCGCCGAGCAGCUCACGGCGUUCGACGUCUGGCUGACGAUGGGAGUGGAAAACAGGAACCCUCCGGAGCAGCUGCCUAUUGUACUGCAGGUGCUGUUGAGUCAAGUGCACAGACUGCGGGCUCUGGAUCUUCUGGGGAAGUUCCUGGACCUGGGGCCAUGGGCUGUCAGUCUGGCGUUGUCCGUGGGGAUCUUCCCGUACGUGCUCAAACUGCUCCAGAGCUCCGCGCGGGAGCUCCGGCCGCUUCUGGUUUUCAUCUGGGCUAAAAUCCUGGCCGUGGACAGUUCGUGUCAAGCCGAUCUGGUCAAAGACAACGGCCACAAGUACUUCCUCUCGGUUCUGGCUGAUAAUUAUAUGCCGGCAGAGCAUCGGACCAUGGCUGUCUUCAUCCUCGCCGUAAUCGUCAACAGCUACACCACGGGGCAGGAGGCCUGUCUUCAGGGUAAUCUCAUCGCCAACUGCCUGGAGCAGCUGUCUGACCCUCACCCUCUGCUGCGCCAGUGGGUGGCCAUUUGUUUAGGGCGAAUCUGGCAGAACUUUGAGCCUGCGCGAUGGUGCGGUGUACGGGACAGUGCCCACGAGAAGCUCUACACGCUGCUGUCAGACCCCAUCCCCGAGGUGAGGUGUGCUGCAGUCUUUGCCCUCGGGACGUUUGUGGGAAACUCUGCUGAGAGGACGGACCACUCCACCACCAUCGACCAUAACGUGGCCAUGAUGUUGGCUCAGCUCAUCAACGACGGCAGCCCAGUGGUCCGCAAGGAGCUGGUGGUCGCGCUGAGUCACCUGGUCGUUCAGUACGAGAGUAACUUCUGCACAGUGGCUCUGCAGUUUAUAGAAGAAGAGAAGAACUACACCGUGUCAUCGCCAGCCAACGCCGCAGAACCUGGAACCCUGACACCAGUGAGAGACAGUCCGGCCGGCCCACGUCUGCGAUCAGUCAAUUCCUACACCAACAUCCGAGCGGCUACGACGGCUCGCACCCUGAACAAGAGCCUGCAGAACCUCACUCAAAACGAGGACGGUGGACAAGGGGCCUUCUCACCAGGAAACAUAAGCACGAGCAGCAGCGCCAGCAGCACCCUGGGGAGCCCCGACAACGACGAGUACAUCUUGUCGUUCGAGACCAUCGACAAGAUGAGGCGCGUGUCGUCCUAUUCCUCGCUCAACUCACUCAUAGGAGUGUCCUUUAACAGCGUCUACACUCAGAUCUGGAGAGUGUUGCUACAUUUGGCCGCAGACCCUUUCUCAGAAGUGUCCGACCUCGCCAUGAAGGUUCUCAACAGCAUCGCCUACAAGGCGACGCUGAACGCACGACCGCAGCGGAUCCUGGACACGGCUCACUCUGCUCCCGCCAGUCCCACCAGCAAAGGCACCCACCUGCAUCCUCCCGGUGGCUCUCCUCCCAUGCCCAGCACCAGCAGCUCCAGCCUGACAAACGACGUCCCCAAGCCUCCACCCAGAGACCAGCCGCCCUCCAGGCCUCCUUACACCCCGACGCUGGGAGGACAGGGCCAGCCACACUCACACCAGUUUCCUCGCACACGCAAAAUGUUCGACAAGGGACCGGAGCAGGCCACAGAAGAUGGAGAUGACCCCGGACACAGGAACUACAUUUGCCCCGCUUUACAAACCGGACUGUGCGACUGGAGCGCCAAGUACUUUGCUCAACCCGUCAUGAAGAUCCCAGAGGAGCACGACCUGGAGAGUCAGGUGAGGAUGGAGCGACAGUGGAGGUUCCUACGAAACGCCCGAGUGAGAAGACAGAGCCGCAGCAUCACGCAGAGGGGUAUUUCCCGUCUGGACGAUCAAAUAUUCAUCAACCGAAACCCCGGCGUCCCGUCUGUGGUCAAGUUCCACCCCUUCAACACCUGCAUCGCGGUGGCCGACAAGGACAGCAUCUGUUUCUGGGACUGGGAGAAAGGCGAGCGGUUGGACUAUUUUUACAACGGAAACCCUCGGUACACGCGGAUCACAGCCAUGGAGUAUCUCAACGGCCACGACUGUUCGCUGUUGUUAACGGCAACAGAUGACGGAGCUUUGCGAAUCUGGAAGAACUUUGCCGACCAGAAGAACCCUGAGAUGGUGACCGCGUGGCAGGGGCUGUCGGACAUGCUGCCCACCACCAGAGGUCAGCCCUCCACCGCCGCUCACAGUGCAGGGAUGGUGGUGGACUGGGAGCAGGACACGGGUCUUCUCAUGACGUCUGGAGAUGUGAGAGUCGUCAGGAUUUGGGACACGGACCGGGAGAUGAAAGUCCAGGUAACGACACAUUAA